AUGAUCGUUCCCAACGCGAGCCUGAGCUGCGCGCACUGUGACGGGGACGCAGCGGAGCAGGACGCGCCGGGCUCCGCCGCCGCUCCAUCCCUGAGCCCCACGGGGCACCUGGUGGUGGCGGUGUGCCUCGGCUUGAUCGGCACGUGCGGCUUUCUCAGCAACCUGCUGGUGCUCGCGCUGUUCUGCCGGUACCGGGCUCUGCGCACGCCCAUGAACCUGCUGCUGGUGAGCAUCUCCGUGAGCGACCUGCUGGUCAGCGUGCUCGGGACCCCCUUCAGCUUCGCGGCCAGCACGCAGGGGCGCUGGUUGAUCGGACGCGCCGGAUGCGUUUGGUACGGAUUCAUCAACGCGUGUCUGGGCAUCGUCUCCCUGAUUUCUCUGGCGGUUCUGUCCUACGAGCGCUACUCCACCGUGAUGACGCCCAACAUGGCCGACGGCAGGGACUUCCGCCCGGCGCUGGGGGGCAUCUGCUUCUCCUGGCUGUACUCGGUGGCGUGGACUGUGCCGCCGCUGCUGGGCUGGAGCCGGUACGGGCCCGAAGGCCCCGGCACCACCUGCUCGGUGGACUGGAAGACGCAGACGCCGAACAACAUCUCCUACAUCAUCUGCCUGUUCACCUUCUGCCUGCUCCUGCCGUUCGGCGUCAUUGUGUACUCGUACGGAAAGAUGCUGCGCGUCAUCAGACAGGUCCGCAGCAUGAGUUCAGUGGUGACGCGUCGCCGAGAGCAGCGGGUUCUGGUGAUGGUCGUCACCAUGGUGGUGUGUUACCUGGUCUGCUGGCUGCCUUAUGGAAUUGCUGCUCUGCUCGCCACCUUCGGCCCACGGGACCUUUUGACCCCAGCAGCCAGUAUCACGCCGUCCCUGCUGGCCAAGUUCUCCACAGUCAUCAACCCUCUCAUCUACAUAUUCAUGAACAAACAGUUCUACAGGUGUUUUUGGGCGUUCUUCUGCUGCUCCACCCCUGAGCAGGUCUCCACCCUGAGGACAUUCUCACGCGUGACUAAGACAAUACGCACCUUUCGCCAGGAGAGGGAGCUACACGUUUCUGCCCCUGCUCCGUCCUCGGGCCUCCCCACGCCUAACUCCAUCCAAAAGGGGAACAACCACGUGGAUCCUUCUUCAAUCAACCAGGCCUGCGCCGCCUCAGACUCUCCUGACAGCCGCAAACCCAAAGUGGUUCUGGUGGCCCAUUAUCAGGAGUGA